CAAGAUGUUGCUUUCGAGACGUGCAUGCUACAAGUGUGGCAACAUUGGCCACUAUGCUGAGGUCUGCUCUUCUUCUGAGCGGCUUUGCUACAACUGCAAGCAACCUGGACACGAGUCCAGCAGCUGCCCCCGUCCUCGCACGACCGAGACUAAGCAAUGCUACAACUGCCAAGGACUGGGUCACGUCCAGGCUGACUGCCCUACCCUGCGGUUGAACGGCGGUGCCAACGGCCGGUGCUACAACUGCAACCAGCCUGGCCAUCUUGCUCGCAACUGCACCGCUCCUGCUGCGCAGGGCGCUGGCGCUGGUGCUGGUGCUGGUGCUACGGCUGGUGCUGGUGCUGGCCGCGGGUACCCUGCUCCUCGUGGAAACUUCAACGGCGGUGGCCGCGGUGGUUAUGGCGGUUUCCCCAGAGCCGCAACUUGCUACAAGUGCGGUGGCCCGAACCACUUUGCUCGGGAUUGCCAGGCUCAGGCCAUGAAGUGCUACGCCUGCGGCAAGCUCGGCCACAUCUCGCGUGACUGCACUGCCCCUAACGGUGGCCCUCUGAGCUCUGCUGGCAAGGUUUGCUACAAGUGCUCUCAGGCUGGUCACAUUUCUCGCGACUGCCCCAAUAACGAGGCUGCUGCUCAGCCCGCUGCUGAGUCGACCCCCGCUGAUGCUCCAGCUCCUGCUGUGGCCCCGGUUGCGGCUGUUGCUGAAGCCAGCACUGAGGCUGCCCCCGUCGCGGCUGCGGCUCCUACUACCGCUGCCGCGUAAAGUGCCUUGUUGAUUCUUUCUUUUGGCUAUUCAUUUCAACAGCACACCAUCUACUUUUUUUUUUUCUUUUUUUCUCUUUGGGUUUUCCCUAUUUACUUAUACUCUUCGAAUGCUUUCCCCCCCUCUGCAUAUAUUCUAAGUCUUAUUUCAAUUCUUUUCUCGGAACCGGCACCGGCUUUUUUACUAUGUAUAUGACCACCAAAAAGUUUCACGAAGUCUCAGGAUCUCAAAUGGCUUGGAUUCCACCCAUGGCUCAAGUCUCAUGACCGGCGUCUAUUCUUCUACUAUUGCUACAUUCUCGGCUGAAUAUAGGUGCGACGAGAGAAAGGAAAGAGACGAGGCAAGAUGAAGGGUUUGCUUGAGUGCAGAAAGAGAGGACCAAUGGACUGAAGCAGAGAUGUGUUUGAUGUGCAAACAUGUCUUCAACGAUGUAUGGAUGGGAUGGUCGGUGCUGAAGACCUAGGGGGGCAGGAUCAGAGGAA